AUAGUCCUCCUGAUCUAUCAUCUAGUAAUAUCGCAUUCACUACUAGUGUUGGCCGGCGAGAAGCAAGUAUGGUCAUUUCAGUAUCAGCUCGAACUCGAAAAUGAAAAAUCGAGUCUGUGGUGUUGCAAAGUUUUGUCUUUAAUGAUGAUGAAAGCGUGGUCUCCCCUAGAAGAGUCUACUUAAAAGAUGAAUUUGUAGGUUAUACUUUAGUCUCAUCUGCUGCUGCUCCUGCUGGUUUCUCCAUCAACGUUUGAUUCUGUCAAACCCUAGUCUAACUGUUGUUCGUUGAUUCUUUCUAUACUCGAAUCAAUUGAUCGAUGUGCCUGUGCUGUUCUUGUACUAAAAUCCUUCUCACUGUAAUCUGUUUUCAUUGAAACAUGGCACGUCAUCACGGUCCACUGGAUAAUGCAAAACGUUGAACUCUUUUAAUGCCGGUCUUGAUGGAUAAAGAUGACGAGUAGCACAGCAUCAGAUUUGUUGGACGGCAUUCGUGCAGACUCGGGAAACGCGAAAAGCAGUCGACUACUUCAACCGCGUCCCGUGAGUCGGCAGACGUCUAGAGAUUUGGAUGGACCUGCCGGAGGUUCGGGUGGGGCAUCGUCAUCUCUUACUUCUGGAGGGACCACCAUUGGCCACGGAGGCGUAGCAAACACGAUGUCAUCCUCUUCCAUAUCAGUUUUGAAUUCCGCUGGCGCAUCUGCGACUGCAGGCGGAGGCGCAGACGCGGAGGGCACGGCUUUAAGGAGUGCGCGGGGGCAGCAUCGAGACAGUGGCGGCGGUGAUUUACCGCCGCCCUCAUCUUCAACGGCAACUGGUGUGGUAGACACGAACAGCAGUAAGAGUCAACCGAGGGUGGCACUCGUUUCGCAGGGUGGAAAUGCAGGAGAGACUCGUCGAUAUAAGCGCGCGAGCGGCGACGUGUCAGACGAAGAGCUACGAGCGAUUUUGGACGAAACAGCAGAAGUUAAACGCGCCAGGAUUGACCACGGAGCAUCCCGUGGACCGGUACUACUACAUGAUGCUUUUUCUCGUCAUGAUUCUCGUCUAGAUCAGCUUCUUGAUCAUGGUUUUUCUUCUCGCUCGACCUUCUAUAACAAUGAUCAGAUUUCGGACAAGAUACUUCUACUCCACAACGACCACGAAGAAGAAGAAAAUAUCAAGCACAAUGAUAAAGCACAAGGAGACCAAAGCGAGGAUACAAAAAGACAGCAGCAAAAAAAAAGUGAGCAAGAUAAAGAAGAUCUUCGGCGAAGCUUCUCAUCAGUAUCACCCAGGCGCACAAUGUUGACCACAGAGAAAAAGGAUGUUGGCCAAACAAAAGAUCUGGGACCUGCCUCACAAGCUCGACAUUUUCAAGAACAGAGAGUAGACCCUGGGCAAACGGAAGCUUUCGAUUCUCCAUGCAUACGGCGAAGGGCGUCAAAUGGUGAAAAAAUCGAUCCCGACUGUUCAGCACUGUAUAUGCGUUGGCGAAAGAGUCGUGGGUCUGCUUGGUCUGACCAAGGAAGCUCCUCAUCUGAGAUUUCGGCCAGUGACAAUGAUUCUCGCGUUUUAUUAUCUUCACCACGUCGAGAAGCAGAGCCAGAGGAAAUAGAACAAGGUGGAUCACAACAAGGGGUGCGUUUGAUGGAUCAUGAUGAAGAUAGUCAAGAAGCUGAAGAGGGUGAUAACGCUUACAAAUUGUGUGUCGAUAAACGAGAUGUAAAUCUCAAGCUCGAGGAAGGCGGAAGUGCGAGAAUUCUUCCAGAUGGUCGUAGGGAAGAUUACAAAUCGCUGAAAAAUAUCGAACCAGAGUAUGAAAGUCGCGUGGUGGUGCAAGUGCAACGUUGUAGAGAUUCAGCAGACGUCUUUUCGGCAAGUAGCAGUAGCCCGAAUCGCACUCCUCCAAGCACGCCAGGAAAGUUUUUUCGCGCUAUGAUGCGUCCUGUCCCUCAUGGGACAGCACAGAGAGAACCUCCAUUUUUGAGCGAAUCACCACCACGGCCUGUGAAAAAACGGUCGACGCAGCAUUUGACGGUUGGAAACAAGAUGGCUCCCCAUCCUCUUAGCCUGUCUACGCGGUCGACAACGGCGAAUGAUGGAUCUGUCUUACCGUCUUCAGCGCGUACUGACGGACGAGGGUCGACCUUCAGCUGUGGCGUAUCCUCCAUAAUGUCGUGUCAUUCAAAUGUCGGCGAUCGCUCGCGCGUAGAUUCCAGCGGAUACGUUGCUACCGCUCCGUCGUCCAGCGUCAGUACGUCCAUUUCAUCUUUGAAUGACCAUACAAACUGCGGGACACGAGGGCUCUCUACUACGCCGUCACCAUCGCGAGUGCUACCAGCGGAGCAGUUGGCAUUGCUUGCUAACGAUGAAGUUAGAAUUGAGAAGUUACCACUAGGAAGCUCAGGUUCCUCCUCGAAGAGACUGCUCAGUGACUUUUUUGGAAAAGAGACAGGACUGGUGGAUAAAGAUGCGCAACAUGUUGAUAAGCAAGCUGACCUCGACCAUGCGGAGACAUGCAGCUUGCUCGCUCUGGAUGAUGAUUGUGAAGAAGACCAUGACAAAAUUGGUGGCGCCGGGAAGUUCCAAAGCCGAGAAAAUCAGCAGAAAAGAGGUUCUCAGCAUCUUGUUCCGCCACUUCAACUUCGAGAUCGCGCCCCCACCCAUCUGGAUGACCUUUCUUCCUACUCAGUAAUCAAGGAUCCCGAGGACGUCUUUUGUGGGGAGUCAUUCUGCCGAGCAAAAUUCGGCUUGGAUGAGGAUCUCCACGGUGUAAGCACUUCACCGCAUGUUCGAAAGGCUUCCAUCUCGGAGAAGCAGCAGCCACCGUUGCCUGGUUUUUACAAGCCUAGCAAAAUCCGUCGGCCCCUGUACGUCUCGCGAAGUAGCAGUUUUGAUGGCAGAAGUACUGCACCUCCAGUAAGCAUACGGAAUUCGUCAUAUACGGUGUGUUCAAGACACGAAGCUGAGCAGCAGUGUGGAGACGGAGUACUCGCAGCUGCUGGAAGCGUGGUAGAAGUUGAAAGUCUUGAAGGUCAAAGCGCUCUGUCAAAAACAAAAAGAAGCCUUACGAUGAAGCAAAACUCGCGUAAAAAACACGGCAUGGACGCUACACAACCUACCGUGUCAAAAGGAACUAAUGUCUGGCACUCUCUACCAGAUGAGAAGGAAUUGCGAAGGUUGAAAAAACGAAACAACAGAAAUGAACAAGGCGCUGGAGAAAAACAACAGGAACGAAGAGCAGCAUCUUUGACUACAACAAGAAACUGCGAGCGGCAUAUUAGUGUAUUCAUUAGCGGGGGCACAAGAGUAGUUGAAGAUACAGCUACUUCUGGAUGCGCUAGGCAUGUUGGCGGAAGAAGGAGCGGUCUGACUACACCCAGAUUUUUCUCAGGAAGAGCUUCAAGGAAUACAGGCUGCGCAGUCAAUUGUCGCAACAACUCUUCGAGAUUGCACGAUCAGCAGCAGUCAGAAGAGAUUGAAGAUUGUCGUAGGAUCGUUGAUCGCUUGAUAGCCAACAAGCGACAGUCUGUUGAUUCCAAUAAGAGAAACCAUCACAACUACAAUGAUCUUCCUCGUCAGGUGAGUUCUUCGACGACAGGAGGAGGCGGCAGUCAGACGUUACAAGCACGUUUUGGCCGUAGUCAACCACCGCCCGGUGGUGCCAGCUAUCCGGAUAAUUACGCAACGUUAGUCGACAAUUCGUUUUCUACGAUAUCUGGCAGUUCCGAACAAUUCGGCGGAUCUUCGGGAUCAAAUGCGCAGCGGUUGCCUGGCACUUUUUCUACGCGCUCAGGCACGGCCUCGCAUGUAAAUUACGGAGAAACUUCGACGUCAGGAACCGGCAGAGGCACAGCCGCAACUAGUAGCUACAACCCACCGCCACGGAGAGGUACACCGCCUCGAGGUGUGCCCGGUGCUAAUGCGGGUCCUGGCACAAACCUCGUCGCUCGGGGCGGACCAUCGCCUGGGAGCUACCAACGCACGGCUUCGCCAGGAAGCGGCGGUGCAAAACCGAAGCAGCCAGGUCGCGGUGCAUCACCGAGGAUUGGCGGACCAGUUGGGGCGAAAGCAAGAGGCGUUUCGCCAGGGGUACAGCUGUGAAUCCAAGCCCCAUGUUUCUAUGACUUUCGACAUUGACUUAUCUACAUCAACUUAUCAUUUGUCUCACAUCAAGAGAAUCGCAUUCGCAAUUUCCACUUCUUCGUUCGAGGCAUGAUGUGCUUAGUGGAACCAUGAGCCGCUCUCGUCAUUGCAACGACAGGCACGCAAUCCCUACCGCGGCACCGCUUCCCGGUUGAUUCCUCAGCCCUCGCCAGAGGAAGUCGCGGCUAAAGAGGAAAAGGAGGCUCUCGAGACCGAACUUGCAGAGCUCAUCGAGCGACGGCGGGCCGCUGUGGCGCGUAUCGAAGAAUUGCGAAGCACAGAACAGCAAGUUGUGCAGCGCUACGAAGUUGCUGAAAUGUUACGGCGUCUAUAUCAUGUUCUAUGAGCUGUAGAUCUAGUGCCGUCAGAAAGUGUACUCAUGCUUGCUGUAUUAGCGAGUGCUACAGAACCUUCCCCUGCUAACAUGUGAAUACGAGAAAUUCACGCAGAAGCUCGAGAGUGCGCGAGAGGUCUGGACGCGCAAGCUUGCCGAGAAGAAGCGUGCGAAGGCUGAGAUGGAAAAGGAGCUUGCGACAUCACGCGAGGCUUUAGAAACGGCACGCGCUAGACACGCGACUUUGUCGAAAACCAAGGAAUUGGAGCUUCGCGGGAUCGAGAAGGAAGUCGCCCGAAAGCGUGAUACAGAGAGAGAGUUUCAAGAGGCGCAUGCCGCAGAAAUCACGAAGCUUGCUGAAAUAGAAGAGUGGAAAGCCAAAAUAGAGGAGGCGCGCGCUUACCACGCGAAACUCACUCAAAAGCGUUCGUUGCUAGUGCUGCGUACCAAGGAACGAUUCAACGAAUACAUCGAGGUGAAGGGAAACAUCCGAGUUUUCGUGCGUAUUCGACCGCUGCUGGAAAACGAAGAAAAGCCGUACUUUUUUUCUGUGGCUUUACUCAGUUCUCUUCAUUUCUUUUUCAAUCUGGACUUGCUGUGGACCACUGGCAGAAGAUUGCUUUCACUGUGAUAAUCGCAGUGUGGUCUCUUACAACUGUUCGAUCACGCAAAAAGGAUGAGUAGACCGUGAUGAUUGAUUGUGUUCCCCCAAUAGUAUUCAUCUCCGUCAGUAAUUUUCUUAACAACAUUUCUCCUUCAACAGGGCGAAAAUGCUUUGCGACGAGCGCAGUGGGGCACUUGAGGUGCAAGGAGAAGCUUUUUUGAACGUCAGUGGUUGCGCGGAGCAAACCAACACUUGGGGUUUCCAUUUUGACCGCGUCUUCAACACGGAUAGCCCACAGCGUAGCGUUUUCGAGGAAAUCUCCCAGCUGGUCAAGAGCGCACUGGACGGCUACAAGGUUGCCAUUUUCGCAUAUGGCCAAACCGGUGGCGGGAAGACUUACACUAUGGAGGGUCCUCCGAUUAACACGCUCACCGCAAGCAAUUUCGAGCAGAAGGCGGGCGUGAUUCCUCGUGCGGUUCAUCACAUCUUCCAACACAUCAAAAACACAUCGGGUUGGGCAUUCGAAUGCAGCGUCAGCUUUGUCGAGAUCUACAACGAGACGGUGCGAGACCUCCUAAACAAAGGAAAAGAAGUCGAGAUUCAAGUGGCAGGACAAGAAGCUGUUGUGAACAGUACUACAACUUCUAUCCGUUUUUUGACACGACCACGUCGUAGGAAAUACCCAUCACUUCUGGUUCUGAUGGUCAGAUGAAGCAAUGGGGUUGUCGUUGUAUCACAUUAUCAUGAGUGCAAUUACGAUGAUGCAUCGAUCCCGUGAUGGACAAAAUAGACCUAAAAUCUGCCUUCACUAAUUUAGGUUCUACCCUGGUUGUCAAAGACGAAAAUGAGGUGUUUGCUGCGCUGACGAAGGCAAAUGCAGUACGGUCCUACGCAUCGACGGCGCUUAAUGACCGAAGUUCGCGAUCACACUCCGUUUUUCAACUCAAGCUAGAAGGAAGAGGUCCACGGAAUCAUACGCUUCGAGGACUGCUGUCCCUUGUUGAUCUUGCCGGUAGCGAGAGAGUCGAGAAAUCUAAGGUACAAGGAGAGAGGCUCAAAGAGUCGCAGUUCAUCAACAAAAGCUUGUCCGCGCUCGGCGAUGUCAUCACGGCACUCGCGGAAAAGAGCGGACAUGUAAUAUUUUUUGGUGCCGCUCCUGAAGGCGAAGUUUCAAGCUUGUUUGUACGAGGAAUGAUAUUUUCAGUACGAGUACUUAGUUGUUGUAAGCAAAAGACCAUGCCCAUGGAUGCGACACUGAUUUCGAAACAUCAGCAGGAUGGAUUGCAAUCUCGAUGUCCCUCUUGAUUGCUACUUUUUUACCAAACUAACAUCGUAUCCAGGUACCUUAUCGCAAUUCCAAGUUGACGCUACUGCUAAAGGACAGUCUAGGAGGAGAUUCGAAGACGUUGAUGUUUGCAAAUGUUAGCCCUCUCGAGAAAUGCCUUUCAGAGACGAUAAACAGUUUAAGGUUUGCAAGCAAGGUAAAUUCUGUUUCAAAGUUUGGGGGAAAAAAGACGACAAGUAGCAACUUACCAGAGCGGAAGGCGCAAGCGUCGUAAAACAUACGAUGACGAGAUGUCUAUGAGGAUGCAGCUUUUUGUCGAAGUCGCGAUGGCAAUAAUUAUUCAGGCAGUGACUGGCACUGGGGGUGUCCAAUAUGAUGUUCGUUGAAAAACAAUCUAGGUGAAGUAGAAGGUUCAUAGGGAAGAAGUAUGAUCAGCUGAUUUCUUUCACCGCGAUAAUGAUGACCCUGUUCGUUGCAUGUUGGCAGACCCAAUGAUUGACGUGUGAUGUGAACACUUCCAGUUUUAUUGAUUCCUGACAGUGAACUGUGAACAGCCGUUGCGCUUUUCUCAAUCUUGUAUGGAAUACCUAUCAUUAGUAACUUCUUGAAGUGCCGGAUCAUUGUCAUCGC